AUAUUCGGAUCGACCCGUCCACACCGAGUGAAAGUCCGUGAAGAAGUUGCCUUGAGCGUUUGUUGUUGUUGCUGCUGCACGUGAAGCCGUCAUGUCUGCCGCCGAGCUUUAUGAUUUCAUUGUGAUCGGCGCUGGCGUGCAAGGAUCCUUCACUGCUUACCAGCUGGCUACGAGGAACAAGAAAACUCUUCUCCUUGAGCAGUUUACGCUGCCUCACACUCGAGGGAGCUCCCACGGUCAAACCCGCUUGAUCCGUAAGGCUUACGAGCAAGACUUCUACACCCAAAUGAUGAACGAAUGCUAUGAGCUGUGGGCCAAACUGGAACGUGAAACGGGUGCCACUCUCUACAGACGAACAGGACUCCUGGUGAUGGGACCAGAGAGCAGUCAGGGCUACCUGGGCUUUAAGAAGAGCCUGGAAAAGAACAAGACCCCAAUGGUGGUCCUGACCCCUGAGAACUUCAAUCAGCACAUUCCUAACGUCAUCCUGGCUGACGGAGAUGGAGCUUUUGUGGACACCACUGCUGGAGUCUUGUAUGCAGAUCGGGCGCUCAAGGUUGUACAGGGUCAGUUUCAGAAGCUGGGUGGUGUCAUUAAAGACCAAGAGAAGGUAACAGACAUCAAGCCCGGCCCCAUUGUGACCGUGACAACUUCUGCUGGAGUUUAUCAAGCUAAGGGAGUUGUGAUUACUGCUGGACCUUGGGCUAAAACAUUGCUGGCCCACGUGGGCAUACAGCUUCCGCUUCAGGUUGUUCGAAUCAAUGUGUGCUAUUGGAAAGAGAAGAUAGCAGAUACGUACCAUGUGAAGAAACGCUUUCCCUGCUUCUUGCUGACUGAGGGAGACGAGGCAAAGAGCCACAUCUACGGCCUGCCUUCCAACGAAUACCCUGGUCUGAUGAAGAUCUGCUACCAUAGCGGCACCGAGACGGACCCUGACCAGAGAGACAAGCUGACAGACAAGUCUGAUGUUGACAUUCUUCAGCGCUACAUCGCCCGCCAUCUCCCUGGCCUCAUCCCUCAGCCCGCUGUGGUGGAGAGCUGCAUGUAUACGGUAACACCUGACCAUCAUUUUGUGCUGGACUGCCACCCUGCACACGGAAAUAUUGUCAUUGGUGCAGGAUUCUCAGGUCACGGCUUCAAGUUUGGACCCAUGGUUGGCAAGCUGCUGUGUGAACUCAGCCUUGGAGAAGUGCCUUCCUAUGACCUCUCACCUUUCCGAAUCAGCCGCUUUCAGACAAACAUCAAGUCAUCUUUAUAGAUCAUAUAUCUUCUGUGAUAUGAAGGCUAAUAUGAGAGAUGCAACCACUUAUGCAUGCUUGAAGCAUGCUAGGAUAUUAAAAGGAGGAACAGUUUCGUUUAGAUCCAGAAUUGAUUCUUCAUCAAAUCAGUCAGCAGUCACCAUAAAGUGAAACUAAUAGUCAAUCCACAUUCAACUACACCCACUCUCCUUAUUAAACAUGUAUUAUUCAUUUCAGUCAUUGUAGAUACACUUUAGAUGAUGUUGCAAUCAUUUGAUCAUUUACAGUCUCCCACAUACGGUACGAUAUCAAAAAUACACAUCCAAUAUAAAUACAAAUACACUUUUAUACAGUUACAUUUACACAAUUUCAACAACAAUUUCACCUGAUUCAUUUACAGAGUUGGUGUGCACUUGUCGCUGGGAAAAGAUGACAUCUUUCAGGGGGUUGAGGACCCACCAAGGACAGAGAGAGUGCUUGAGAAAGCAGAGACAAGGGCCUCGCAUUGACCAGUACUUCCUACGAAACAACCAGUCAAAUCAGUCCAUUGAAGCACAGCAACAGGACAAAAACCAAAGUCCACAGAGCAUCAGCAUCCCUGUCACUGAGGAGGAUAAUACAGGAGAAACCCACACAGCCACAGAAACCUCCCAAGGAGGAUAAGAUCAAACGGCGAAGACCAAGUGUGAAGUGGCCCAACGCUGUCGAAAAGAGCGAGUGGGAAACAGUCAACAAUGAUCUGAUAAAAAUCCUGGAAAAACAAGGGGACAGCAAGACAUUGAAAAACUGAUCGGAGAGAGAAGGCAGCUGUGAAAGCAGUGGAAGAAGGCCUCUGAUGCAGCCAGAGGGGGUCUCACACUACUCCAGAGAGACAUCAAAUCUCGAUUGGCGACCUUACGAAGAGGAGAGAACUUCAGGAAACUGAGAAAGAGGAAGCAACACACAAGAACACGGUUCUAUAAAACCCCCUUCAACUUUUUAAAGGAUCUCUUUGCUAAGGAAAAAAAUGGAACCCUGAAAACCCCAAAGCAAGAACUGGAAGAACAUCUGGAAAAGGCAGACGAUGACACGAAAAGACAUGAACCCCUGGUCAUCUCACAUGAUAUCCACCUAUUCAACCUCCUGAAUUCCACCUGGAGACUGGUCCUCCAAAAUGAAGGGAAGUAGAGAACACAGUACAAGAUUAGCAUCAGCCCCUGGAGCCCAAAUGGAGUGCCGUGUAAGCUGUAUAAGAACGCACCAGAUGUUCUAGGCUAUCUGUUGGGGACUAUGAGGAUAGUAUGGCAAAGGGAAUAAUACCCAAGGCAUGGCGAAGGGCUGGAGGCGUAUGAAUUCCCAAAGAGAAGGAUGCAGCAGGCAUCAAUCAAUUCUGGCCAAUCUGCCUUCUCAACGUUGAAGGGAAAAUCUUUUUCAGCGUGAUAGCACAGAGACUGUCCACUUCCCUGGAGAAGAAGAAGUACAUUGAUACAUCUGUACAGGAGGCCAGCAUUCCAAGGUUCUCUGGUUGUUUGGAGCAUACCAGUAUGAUCUGGCAGCACAUCCAAACAGCUAAGAAGGACAAAAGAGACCUCCAUGUAACCUUCCUCGACUUGGUAAUGCCUUUGGAUCAGUUCCCCACAACCUCCUCUGGGAAUCCUUCAACUUCUUCCACGUCCCAUUAUCUAUCACUGCUUUCGUGGGAGCCUACUUUGAAGACCUGCAAGUGUGCUUCACAACAUUUCUUUACCGCAGAUCCGGCUUUGGUUUGACCUGUCUUGAGGAAUCAAUGUCUGCGCAUCCUGGCUUGGUCUUUGUGCAACCAAUGAAGCCUAGAUGCUCUUGUUUUGGAUUGGUUGAACUAAACUCAGUCAUUUAUCCUGGAUGUCUGAACCCUACUUUCGUCCAACAGGUGCCUGGUCGAGAACCCCAGUCCACCUACAUGACAUAAAACCACAAACAUCAACAAACACUUGGUGGCGGAGACAAGUAAUAACAUCCUCUAGAACAGGCACUUACAUAAGCGAGGCUCCAGUGUGUGUGAGAGAGAUGGCCAUCUGCCUUGGCCAACUGGCUUUCAUUCCAGUCAUUUCAUAUUAACUAUGAUAGUCAUGUCUAGAGGGCUCCAAUAAUGUUAAAAACAUUUAGAAAAGUAAACAGUUUUCUAUGCUCCAACUACAAAAAUAUUCCAUUCCAAGGAAUCCUACUUCAAACCAAUUAACUGUGAUAAAGGAUUACUGUUGGGGGGGAGGGGCUGGUGUGUCUAUGUUAUGCAAUAACACAAGUACAAAAGUCAUGGAGGCAUUGGAAAACAAUCACCAUUUUUUUUUAUUUACAAUAUAUUAAAACUGUAAUGCAAAAAUUUAUCACAAGAGGUCAAUUUGUUCAAUAAUGAAAAUAAAGCAACUAUUUUCAAAGCUAACAUAAAUCAUAAACAUAUAUAUAUAGUGUGUGCAGUCAGUAAAGUUAUGUAUGCUGUGUUUGUCGUUUUCCAGACACUCGAAUCUUGGCUCAUAAAGUCUGUAGCACAAUUCAAUAUUGACUGCAUAGACAAAACCAAAAAGCAUUUCUACAAACUCAAAACGCUUUGCAGUUCGGAGCUCAAACGCCAUUUGACUUCAUGUGGACUUUAUAAGCGGCUUGUCCGUAUUUGUCCAUGCUGCUGCGAACGUGUCAGCCGCAAGGCCGCAAAGGGAAACUGACGACGGCUUGGCGUUUGUCGUUGCAUGGAUUAAAAAAAAAACAAGCAAAUGUUGCAAAUUGAAAAGGUGAAUGCUGUAAGACUGCGCAAUGCUGGUGAAGGUCAACAUUCCCAUUGGCCAACAAAUCCCGUGAGAAAUUAACACAAGAAAUUAUGCAACUUAACCAUAAUUCUCGGGCAAGAAAUCAGGUUUGCUGUAGCCACACUGAACAAUAAUAGUAGAUAUAAAGGUGCGGACAUGUAAAGGAAUUGCCAACAUAAGCAUCAUUUCAUAAGGCCUUGAAAACAUGGCUGCUUGAGGGUCAAAACUGCAAUCAUAAUUUACAGGCAUUGGCAUAAAAAGAAAGGAACGUGGAUCUGGGGAUGUUUGGGGAUUUGGGGAUGUUUUUCUCAACUUCGACUUUUGUACCUCGACUAAAUAGUACAGUGGAACCUUGGUUAGUGUUUUUCAGUUAAAAGUCAUAAUUUGUGUCCAUUUUCUGGUUAGCGUACAAUAUGGCACACAUCUGUGCGAGUCCAACUGUUCUCACAUGUUUUUUUUUUAAUCACAAAACGGCCUUGUCAGCAUCCUAUUGGAAGCGGAAGUCAGCUCCGUUGCCUGUUGUCAUCAGUCACGCCACAAAUCUGUUCUUAUUGAGCAUGGCUGCAAAAUAACUCAAAAAAUGGAGCCAAAAUAAGUUGCAAGUGGCAGCAUUUUGAUAAAGGUGAGAAGCACUAUUGAAUUCAAGAAAUAACUCGUAGCAAACCAGGAAGGUGGUGUAAGUAAGUAAUUUAUCCCUUCCAUUCAUCAUUUACAUGCUUUGUGUUAACAUUGUUGUCUUUCUGCAAAGGAUUCAUUGGAUUUACAUUAGUACUUAUGGGAAAAAUGAUUGGUUAGAGCAGGGGUGUCCAAACUUUUUCCAUCGAGGGUCGCGUUGUGAAAAAUCAAAGGAUGCGGGGGGGCCACCGUCCAUUUUUUUUUUUUUUAA